UUAUUUGGACAUCCGUGGCUGUAAAUUAGGCAGAUUCCCCUCAUGGCUUCAGACGCAGAAGCCUCUAACCUACCUCGAUCUAUCUUCUACGGGCAUUUCAGAUUCAGUGCCAAAUUGGUUUUGGAACUCAAUGACCAAUCUUUCAACUGUUUAUCUCGCUAAUAAUGAGCUUCAUGGUGUGCUACCCAACUUAAUAAAAUUCAGUGAUGAUGCGGAUUUAAUUAUUGAUUUAAGUUCCAACUUCUUUGAGGGACCAGUGCCCAUUUUCCCCUCAAACACAGCAGAACUGGAUUUGUCAAACAAUUCAUUUGUGGGUCCUAUUCCUGAUGGUAUUUUUCAGCUAUUGCCUAAUUUAAGUGCACUUUUGUUGUCGAUGAAUAAAAUAAAUGGUGAAAUCCCCAUGUCUAUCUGUAAUUCACAAUUCAUUACCAUAUCAAUCACAGACAAUAAUUUAUCAGGAGAACUCCCCAAUUGUCGAAAUAAUACUCGAUUAGAAGUUUUGGAGCUUUCAAAUAACAAUCUCUUCGGAGGAAUACCCAAAUGGCUUUGUGAAUUGCCUCGAUUUCAAUCCUUGCACCUAAGAGAAAACAGUUUAUCUGGAGAGCUUCCCCCACUCUUAAAGACCUGCAAGAGUCUAGAAAUUCUUGAUCUUGGUGGUAACAUAUUUACAGGAAGGAUACCAGCAUGGCUUGGAGAGCUCUCGUCUCUUAAGAUUCUUAGUUUAACAUCAAACAAGUUUGUUGGCCAAAUUCCGACAGAACUCUCUAAUCUUACUGCUCUCCAAAUCUUGGACCUCUCAAACAACAAUCUUUUGGGGCCGAUACCGAUGAGCUUUGGCAACUUCAUGGCCAUGAGGAACCCUCAUACGGAAAUUGGAUUCAUCCUAAACAACACAAUAGGUAAUGCCUAUGAGAAUAUGAUAUUGGAUUUCAAAGGAAGAGCAGAUCGAUAUGGUAGCAUUCCUCUUUCGCAGAUUAUGAUAUUGGAUCUCUCUAGGAAUAGCUUGUCAGGAAGCAUACCCUAUGAACUAACAAAUCUUCUUGGAUUGUUGAUAUUCGACUUGUCGAGUAAUGAUCUAAUGGGACAAGUACCAGCCCAGAUCGGCGAUCUGACGCAGCUAGAAUAUCUUAACUUGUCGAGAAACAAGUUAUCAGGAGCAAUUCCUUCUGGCUUGUCCAACUUAAGCUUUUUGGGCUUAUUGGACCUAUCGUACAACAACUUCUCGGGAAGAAUUCCGACCGGAAAGCAGAUGGAUACAUUCACGAAUCCUAAAAUAUAUGUCGGAAACCAAUAUCUUUGCGGAUUCCAAAUAAAUGUGAGUUGCACAGGCAAUGAAGGCGAAGCUGAAGGCCCGACAAUUGGCCAGUCAAAUCAAACUCCAACUAAUGUUUCAGAAAAUGAAGACAAAAAUCGAAAAGAGAUCUUACUCCUUUGCCUUAUUACAAUAGCAGGAUUUGCCGUUGGGUUUUGGACUAUUACUGGAGUUCUAUUGGUGUAA